CUUUCUAUUCCCAACAAGCUCGAGAGAAAUCUAGCAGUGGCACUUGUACGUGGGAGCGCUUUAAUGUAGAUUUUCAAAGGAAUAGCAAACGUGAACCUCUGCUUCUUUUUUAUUUUUACAUUUCUCUACAUGUAAUCCUGAAAAGCAAAAUGUUAACUGUUGAAAUGGAGGGCAUGGUAUUUUGGAUAUGCUAAACCUUAUUUCUGACUCUCAAGCCUCUCAGCAACAGACCUCUGCCUGGUGUCUGUCUCAAUUUUGGCCCUGGCUCGACUGACAUUUCUGCAAAGAAGGGCUUCGGUUCAUGUUGUUAUUGAACUAAAUUCUCCGUGUCGUGUUUUUUGUCUUCUGAUAUGGGAAGCUAUACAGGUUGGAAUAUAUGGGACAGUGGCUGCUUUAAUCCAUGAUCCUCUCUGGGAGGAUGUAAUGCUGACAUAACCUGCAACAUGAGGAGUUUUAAGGUACCAGCGGCAGUUAGUAUCAGCCAGAGCUCACUUAAUCACCAUUGAUAACCAGAUCCAUCCAAUAUCAGCUACUGUGAACUGAAAGUGAAACAUUGGUCCGUGAGAGAGGUCGCCUGGGCAGCGCUGCUUCAAGUUCCCUCAGGUCACCCAUCUCAAUGUCGGCAGGUUCUCCCACCAUUACCAUGGCCUCUUCACAAAAACAUUGAUGAAAAUGGUGAUUUAAACAUGACGACAUUAAACAGGAUGGGGACAAAGGGCCUCAAAGGUCUGGUUCCACAGUGAACCUGUCCCAGAAGAGGCAGGCAACGGUGGGAUUGGCAGUUGGCAGUUCCAACCAUCGAAGCUGUUGUAGCACAUCAUCUCUUGCUUGGUCAGUUCACUCCUGAGAGACCCCAGGAUGACGCACACUAGUCUGAGCUCUCUGACAGACUUGUGAUAUCUCACAUCGCAAGGGUGUAGUUGUGUGGACUUAAGGAGUGGACAAUGAACAGAACAAAGAAGUAUGAAGGUCUGUGUUCUGAGGGGAAGCCCCCGGCUGAAGUCCCUAUAGGUUGGCAGCGGAGGAUCACCCACAGCGGGGUUGUCUACAUAAGUCCCAGUGGCUCUGUGCUAGCCUGUCUGGAGCAGGUGAAGAGUUACCUGCUGACUGAUGGGACCUGCAAGUGUGGCCUGGAGUGUCCUCUCACCAUCCACAAGAUAUUCAGCUUUGACCCCGGGGCGGCUGUCAAGCAUAGGAUGGCUGAGGAUGCACGAGCUGACGCCGAUGUCACCAAGCUGUGUAUCCACAAGAGGAAGAUCAUUGCCACGGCAACUCUGCACAGGAACAUGGAGUCACUGCACCCCUCACUGGCUCUGGCUAGUCAUGGUAGUAGCACUGGUACGGUGAGUCAUCCAGCAAUAAAGAACAAUAUGUACGAUGGUCCACCCAACAAGAUGACAAUACCUGGUCUACGGUACUAUAACCAUGAACUGGGUUCUCCUCAGCGAGAUCCGUACUCUGGUUACAGCAGGACAAGACUGGGGGGAAGUGAUCGCUGUAGCCAACAACGGUCACCAUAUCGUAUCCGCCACAGUGUCCUGCUCAGCCCCUCCUCCUCCACCUCAUGUGGCUCGCAGCAUUAUGGUGAUGGGACUCCCUCCCCAAGGACUGAACUUCUGGGGAGUCCUGAGCCCAACAUGCUUGGUUUUCAUGGAGCUUGCAGCCCAGGCUCUGCCCUUAUGAACGGUGAUCGUUUUACACCUCUCUCACCACCUAGUGUUCUGUUCCACGGCUCGCCUUCGGCCACCCAGCCCUCGUGUGCCAUAGCAGGAAGGACUAAUGUACCCGUCAAUGCCAAAAGCCCCAAUAUGCAGAAGCCCUUCUACAGCUUCCCCCACAACAACUUUCAACAUAAGCUCCAGCCUGCAUGCCAUCCACACCCACAGUCGCACUUGUCCCUGUCUCAGCUCCCUCCCUCCUCUGAGAUGGACCCUCUUGGUAUCCUGGACCCCAUUCCAAGCAAGGCUCCAAGCCAGGGUCCCUUAGUGUCAAAUGUAUCUGGCCUCCAACACAGUGCCCAUUCUCAGGUACCACCAAUGAAUGUAAACAUCCCCCCUACCAGUGUCCCUUUGCCCAGCAACCUGCCUUUACCAACUGGGAAGUCUGGACAUGUUGGGCAUGGCCAGAGGGUCCAGCACCACCCUACCCCUUCAUCUGUCUCGUCCUCGCCUAUUGUGUCCCCGGUACAUAUGGCUGGGCCUGUCCUUGCCAGGGUGGAGGAGUCACCCCACCGUUCACGUUGCUCCUCCGGAUCUUCUGAACAUGGGAGCUUCGCUCACCCCACGGGGCUCCAGGUUCCUUGUGGGGGUUCAAAGCCACUUCCCAGGUCCCCUCGGGCCUCUUUGGGGUCCCCUCGACCUGCAAUGCCGCCAAGUUCAUAUAAGAUGGACAAACUCCAUCACUUGAACGAUAACCCCAACUACCUGCCAGGGGGGAUGAACAGUAGUCUAAGCAGGCUUUCCAAUUCCAUGUGCCCUCCAGCUCCUGGUUCUGAUAGUGUCCUUCAAAGGAAUCACUCAGUAGGAAUGCCCCUUAACAAGAUGCUAGAUCAGCAGAAUCCUGCUUCCUUCCCAGCCAGCAGUCUUCUGUCAGCCGCAGCCAAAGCACAGCUAGUGAAUCAAAACAAACAUCCCGACAGCGCAGCGGCUGCAGGCGCAGAGGCUCACAGUGGCUUGGGACACCCAGGGCUGGUUGGUGGAGGCAGAGGUGGGAACCUAGAUGGACACAGCACUUUAAACCAGCGAUAUCUACCUAAUCCUGGGCCGUUGGCGAGUGAGGUUCAAACCGGAAGAGCAGCAUUAAGAGACAAACUCAUGGGUAUGGCUCAGCAGAGAGAGGCGAAUCGCAAGCGGAAACUGUCCAAUGAUGUCAGCGGUGGUGGCGUCAACAAUGACAGGGCUUUCGACGUGCUCAAGCAUCCAAUGGGUGGCUCAGGAUCAAGUUCGGCUAGCUUUCCAGAGCCUUUGAGGAGAAUGUUUCAGCAGGGUAGCCUGCCCCCAAACACAUCCAUGGCCCAGCUACUCCAGUCCAUGAGCCACCAGAGUGCCCAUAAUGGGCCAAGCCACGUGGGCCCCAGCCCAGCCCGAUCCAGCAAAUCUCCCUUCUUGGAGGAAGCUUUGCCUCAUAUGUCAGCUUUGCAGCAGAGCUUGCGGGGGCCUCAGCUCCAGGGCAGAGCGUUGGUCCCUUUCUUCCAGAACAUGAACAACGAAGGUCAGAUUUCAGGCCAAGAUCUAAACAUGGAGCAGUUUAACGGGCCAAUGAACGUAAUGCAGGAUCCCGCCUCAGCUGGGAACGUUGGUGUGCUGGGUUACGGUGGUAGACAACAUGCAGCCAUGGGGUCAAUGCAGGACAACCCAAACUCGCAGCAGCAGUUUGGACGUUAUCAGAAACCAUCCCAGGUGCAAGGCAACCCCCACUUCAGAGGCAGGGCAGGAUUGCCUCCCAUGAUGUCCAAUGGCAGUGUCCAAGCCCUCUCUAAGUCAGUUGAGGUCAGUAGUUCUCUGAGCUGUGAGCUGAGGCAGGCCCAAGAGGAGAGUCUCCAGUCUCUCAUCAGGAGCAGCCAAGCCAAUACACAGCAACAGCUUGUUCGGGGUCCGGGUCGUCACUCCAUACAGAGCCAGCAGCUCCACAGGUUACAGAGCCAGGGCUCCCAUCCUGUUGCCCCUCUCCCUGGUGGUGCUUCCUCCAACCCCAUGAACAGCCUCCUUCAGAGAUUCCAGGGGGGUUUGCCUGAGAGGAUUCCACUGCCCAACAGAGCUAUGAUGAGUCGACCGGGGAUGAUGUCCAUGUCCCAACCCGGUGCCCCUUGUCUCCAGGAGGGUCAUCGAGAAUACCAGUCUCCCCAGGGCCUUCACAGUGGUGGGGGACAAGUUAUUGAUCCUUUCCACAGGGAAGCGAUGGGCACGGCCAGCAAGAGCAUGUCUAAUGUCAUUACAUCAACGGGUGGUAGCAGUACCUUCGCUGCUACUGUUGUCUGUGAGCCUGUUGACCUCUCCCAUGCGGUCAACUCUGUCAUCCACACCGGCCCGCUCCGCUCAUAUCAGGAGCCAGUGCCGGAGCACCGACACCAUCCCAAGGUGGGCCGGCCCCGCAAGAAGACCCCUGAACGGAACAACAUCUUCUCCCCCGUUGCCAUGGAAUCUCCUACAAGAUUCCGCUCGCCUCGACGUGGAGCCCAGAGAAGACAAUGGGACGGGGAGGCGGAGGGCAAGGAGCAGGCUGGUCUGUGGCGUGAUGACGAGCCCCUCCAACAGCUUUCCUUAGCCCAGAGCAGAAACGGCACCUACCCAGAAAGGCCCAAAGGUCAGGCCCACUUAGGCUCCCAGGAUCAAACACCACUGCAAGUCCCCAGUGGCCUGUAUGCCCAUAUGAAUGGCAACGGUAGGGGCCACACCUCGGGAAGACCCAGACACCCCAGCCUGUCCCCACCAGAGGGCCACUUCACCAAGGACUACAGCCUCUUCAACGGACAUCUGAACGGCCAACUCGACGGCCAACUCAACGGUCACUGCUACAACAGGUAUUACAAUGGGCACCUGAACGGGAGCCUGAGCGGCGAGGAGGACCUGAGGCCUGGGGACUCACCCUCCUCCAGUGAGGGGCUCCAGCUCCACCACAGGCCCAGAACUCAGACCCACUACCCGGGAGAGCUGCUCUGGGGCCAGGGCAAAGGUUUCCCUCCAUGGCCAGGCAAGAUGGGAAGCGAGGGGCACAUGUACUCCCUUGGGAUGGUGAACAGCAUACAGGGCAAAGUAGAGUCAGACAAUUUCCAGAGGACACUAACAGAGGAUCUGGAGACACUACACAAAGCAAACAAAAUAACUAGAAAUGGGGGAAAACGGAAUAACCACCUAGAAGCUGCUAUACAGGAGGCUAUGAGCGAGCUGGAUAAGAUGACAGGCAAUAUGUCACAGAGAGACAGACAAGUCAAGACCCCUAAACCCAAGAGGAGGAAGAUCUCCAGAUGACAGUGAAUGUGUGGAUCCGUUACUUCAGUGGCCUUCUGAGUAGCGGUCCACCUAGCCAAUGGGUUUCAUUGUAGCCGAUGUGGAACCGCUAGCUAGUUAGCUGUGUGUGCAUUAGACGCGACCAUUGUCCACUCUGUUAAAUCAGCUUGGUACUUAGUCCAACUGGAUUGGUGCUACAAUUAGUCAACACCCCUUCCACCUUGACCACCACCAAGACACUGACAGUGAAAGAAGUACAAAAAAGGAUGGAGGAACCUAGCUGCAAAAUAAUCGCUAUGAUAUAUCCACUGCUAGCUUGUCCUUAUAUAGAAUCUCAUUCUUUUCCAUAUGAGGAAAUUGUUGGUACAAAUAUUUCUGAUGCAUUUUAGAUGUACAAUAGACAAAGGAAAACAGUACAUUAUAUUCAGUGAUUUAAUUGUAUAUAUUGUUCAGUAUUAUCAUAGAUGAGUCGAUCCAAUGCUCAUUUUCUAAUGUACAUGUCGAUCUCCUAUGUUUUUAUUUUGCACAAAACAGUGCGGCCAGAGAUUUCUUUUUUUGAAAGAAAAGCAGCAUAGAGGCAUUUUUCUACAGAUCUAUUGAAACAUGCUGUUUAAGCAUCAAACCGCAGAAGGAUUAGGAACAUUUGAACUUCAACAGACACUAUUUUCAGUAAGGAUGUUCUUCUCCUGCUGGAAAGGCAUACAGAGUCCCAAGAAAAGUAAACUGGAAGAUUUGAAGAUAGAUACUGUGGGUUUAUCUGAACAUAGAGAGAGAGACAUGCAAAUACUUUCUCUUAUGUUUUUAUCCAAGAAAAGAAAAAGCCAUCAAAGGAAGGAGUCUGAAAAAUGCUUCUAAGUUAAAUUAUAUUUACUCCCAAAGUAAAAUGUAUUUUCUCUGAAUAUUUUUGAUACAGAUUUUCUGUGUUAUCUGCCAAAUGACUUUAAUUGUGAGUGUUUUGUGUUCAUUUAAAAAAGGGGUAAGUUAUUGUAAAGUAUAAACACAUUUGUGGUAUACAUGCAUUCUGAAACUUAAGUAUUCAAUAUUAACAGUUAUAAUAUAUGGUUCUGUCACUAGUGUUUAAUUUACAAUUAAGUUAAUAUUUAAAUGGUGCAAAUCAUGUAAUUUGAGCAUUGCUCUGUUUUUUUUUCUUGUUUAUCUUUCCCUUGAAUGUGUCAUUUUCAAGUGUCAAAAUGCCUUAUUGGAUGAACUGCACAUUUACAGUUCAGAAGAGAUCAGUAUUAUACGCAUUGGUUUCCUUUGCUCUGAAAAGCAAGUUUAAACGACCCAAGAAAGUAUGAGAGUGAACUUUGAUUUGAGCCUUAUAUCCAAUGCUAUAACCCCUGCUGCCAAAGCUAUGCCCCAUCACAGGUUGGGACUUAGUUUAUAUUAUUUACCUUUUUAAUACUCUAUUGAAUAGGUGGCCUUAAUUUAGUUGAUUUUCAUUGUGUUGCUUUUGUACUUUAUUAUUUAUUUAUGAAUCACAUAUUUAUUUGUAAGUUUGUUACAUUGCAUUAAAAUGGUUACUUAGCAAUAAUACUAAGAGUUGUACACUCUGAAAAGCCUUUAUAGUAUUAUAUUUUUCUCUUAACAAAUUAACAGCCUAUAUAUGGAUAAACAUUGUCAGUGGUUUUUAAAUAUGAAUUUAUAUAUUUGUGUUUAUUUAUGAAGUGUAAUGUCUUUGGAUGCUUGUAUGUGCAUAUAGUGUUUUUUUUCUUGUGUCAACUGAGUAUAUACCCACGGCCUGAAGACAUUUUUAAAUGUUUAUAUUAAAUGAGUGAACUUAAUUUUCUGUACUUUAUACCCUGACUCAGGAGGGGAACCUUCUGAUUUGAUCAGUCUUGGGUAAAUCUGAAAUUGUAUAACUGAAAUGUUCUUGAUAAGUUUGUCCAAAAAUGUUGUAUUUAAAAUACAAUAUCAAGUCAUCUGUAUUCAAUUCUAACAGAACAACAGGGCAUCCUAAAAUGUAAUUGCUAGGUGACCAAGUGUUAAUACGAGUGUCAUCAACAUUAUAUCUAUCUUGUUUAUAAUUAUUUAAUUUAGCACUCUUACUCCUAAAAUAUGAAGAGCUCACCACUAGUUCAUGGACUAAGUAAAUCAUGUUAAAUGUUGUAUUCCAUUUCAAAAUACUUGGCCUAAUACUAGGCCUAUUUAUCAUUAAGGUAUUAUGAGUUACAUUGCAUAAAAAUUAUUUAGGUCCAUUUUCAACUUUGUCUACUGCAAUGAUCUUGAGUGAUUGUGUUUAUAUGGAAUAAAUGUUUUGCCAUCUUAUAAAAAAAAAAAAAAUUGUUUGAAUUAGCUUUUUAUUGAAUGUUUUUUCCAUGUCAUUUUGUGAUCUUUAUUUCAGGACAUACGGUACAGUAUGGUACAAGCUGAGUGGCCCACAUUGGUUUUAUGGUGUGAAAAUAUUUUUAUUUUUUGUAAAGUAUUUUUAUUUUAAGUCAUUUGGCAUUUUAACAGUCACAUAAUGUGGCACCAAUAUUGAAGUAUAUUUUGUACUUGAGGUUCUUAUAGUUUUUAAUAUCUUUCUGCAUACAUAACAGCUGUAGCAUCUCCCCUUUCUGCUUCUCCAGCAGAAAUGUUUCACAUUUUAAAAAGUGUGCCUGAAAUUACAGGCAGUGGAAGGUGGCUAUUAUGCUUCGUUCAAAAUCUUUCCAUUGUGUUUGUUCCAAAGGGAUGUACAAAUUUGACAUAGUAUUGCAUUAAUUUUGCAAUAAAAUGAUGUAUUCUAUCAA